AUGAAGGAAGUAAAUAUAAACGAGUUGAGGAGUGCCAUUUUAAAUUAUGCAGACUCAGUGGAGGACUUAGUUCAGAGGAGAAAAGAACAUGAGGUAAAAGUCAAAGCCAUUUUUGAGGAGCACUGUGGUGGUUAUCCGAGAGAGGACCAAAUGGUACGCCUUUGCAUGGGGUCAUGUGAAGAAGAAAUACUGAAUGGAGAAGUGCCCACUAUAAAAAGGUAUGUACAGGACAGGUAUGCAAAUGGGAAUAAUUAUGAAAUUGCAAAAGAGAACGAAAGAAAUUUUUUGCACACAACGAAGCUUCUCAAGAUUAUAACUACUUGUGGAAUUAGAGUGUCAUCCAAAGUAUUGCUCUACUACAUCCUCGAGGCAGUAACACAACUGAGAACUUAUAUGCAACACCACAAGGGUGAUAUAAUUAAACACGAUGCUGUGACGAAGAGGGAAAAUUAUCUCCGCAUUAAUAGCUACUACUACGAUCGGGAAAAGGUACAUGUGCCUUUCAUGUCUUUGUACAAGUCGCUAAGCAACGUAUUGUACAGCGUAAGUGAAAAUAGGGUUGAAUCCACAGAGACAUACGAGCAUGUGAAGGAUGAAUUGGUCCAAAAUUAUAUCAAUAUAGAAGAUGUUGUGAGGAAGGCACCGGCAUUUCUUAACAUUAGUGUGUUUUUCUUCCUCGUGAAUUCGUACAUCUACUUGGGGAAGACUGUAAAAUUAAAAAAUCUAUGCACAGAUGUACUGAACCCGUAUAUAAGUGCCAUCUCGGAGGAUGAAAUGAAUAUUACUUCGGACGACACCUUUUACCUAAUUUUGGCAUUGCGCCUUUACUUUAGCAGCUUGUCCUACAACUGGGACGCUUUAAAUCAGCUAAGUAGCUACAAUAAACAGUUCGUCUCUUCCAUCCUAUCUUUAUGCAACCACUCGGAUGGGCUGCACACGGGUGAGGAUCCAAAAUACGUGUACAUAACGGAGUUCCUUAACAGACUAGACAAAAGCGUCGAACAGAAAAAGGUCUACCUCCCUCCCUUCGGCUAUUCCCUGACCUCUUUGAAGAACCGAACGGUUUACAUUUUGGACUCAGCUGGACAGUACUAUGCUAAUGAGACGGCCACCCUGCGCAGCUGCGUCUUCUGGAGGUACUACCUCGCCGCGAAGGACGGAUUCACCCUCGUGCGCCUCUGCCAAAAGGAGGACUACGCCGAUUUGUUCACCGAGAGCAAGCGGGACGAAGUUUUACAGGCAUCCAUCAGUAAGGAUUACUUAUACGAUUGCGACGAGUUGGUUCGCACACCUGGGCAGAAGCAUGUGGAGAGUAAAGGUUAG